AUGUUCUCCUUUGACCGCAGGUCCCGAUUCGCAGACGUCGGGUGGAUCUGGGAUCGGCGAAGUGCAGACCCGCGAUAUGUAUCUGAUCUAGAUAUUGACUGGGCUAAGGUUUUGAAAGUUAUCAAGGAAUCGGGCUACCAGAGUGUAAAGUCAAAGGUCGGCCUGCUAAAUUUCAAUAAGACGGAGGUCAAUAAUUGGCAGCAGCUUCUGCCCACAUCCGAGUUUGUCGUUGUGGGCCUGAACUCGGUCAACGCCAGCCUCAGAUGGGAGGAUCUCUAUCCUGAAUGGAUCGACGAAGAAGAAGAGUUUGAAAUCCCUAAGUGCCCCACCCUUCCCGAACCCAGUGUUACUCCAACAGAUGUGCAGCUAGACUUCAUUGCCGUAAAGCUUCCUUGCAACAGGUCGGGAGGCUGGUCAAGAGAUCUGGUGCGACUGCACCUGCAGCUAGCUGCGGCUAAGCUGGCCGCCUCUGCAUCUGGAGGAGCCCUCCAUGGCCCGCAGGUCCUCUUUCUCACCGAUUGCUUCCCACUUCCCAACCUAUUCAAUUGCAAGGAUCUUGUCGCUCGCGAAGGGAGCUUGUGGCUGUACAGGCCCAGCUUGCGGACGCUAAGAGAAAGGAUCGAGCUGCCAGUCGGAUCAUGCACUCUUUCAAUCCCAUUGAAGGCAGAAGGUCAGUUGAACUCAUCUCAGAGCCUUCGCCUGGUCAUCUCUCUAUCUCUCUCUAUCUCUCUCUGCCUCUCUCUACUGAUUCUGAUCUGCGUGCUUGGGUUGCUGUAUCUGGAAACAGUGCGUCCCCGCUCUGAAGCUGUUCGACGGGAGGCCUAUGCUACGAUCCUUCAUUCAGCGCAAUUUUAUGUCUGCGGCGCCAUCGCCGCGGCUCAGAGCAUCCGGAUGUCGGGGUCGGACAGGGACCUAGUGAUUCUGGUCGACAAGACGAUCAGCGAUGAGCACAGAGGAGGCCUGGCAGCUGCGGGAUGGAAGGUGAGGACGAUACAGAGGAUACGGAAUCCGAAGGCGGAGCGGGAUGCCUACAACGAGUGGAACUACAGCAAGUUCCGGCUUUGGCAGCUUACGGACUACGACAAGAUCAUCUUCAUCGACGCCGACCUCCUCAUCCUGCGGAACAUCGACUUCCUGUUCUCCAUGCCGGAGAUCACGGCGACGGGGAACAACGCGACCCUGUUCAACUCCGGCGUGAUGGUCGUCGAGCCCUCCAACUGCACCUUCCAGCUGCUGAUGGAUCACAUCGAGGAGAUCGAGUCCUACAACGGCGGAGACCAGGGGUAUCUGAACGAGAUCUUCACGUGGUGGCACCGCAUACCCAAGCACAUGAACUUCUUGAAGCAUUUCUGGGAAGGGGACGAGGAGGAGAAGAAGCAGAUGAAGAUCCGCCUGUUCGGGGCCGACCCCCCCGUCCUCUACGUCCUCCACUACCUGGGGCUGAAGCCGUGGCUCUGCUUCCGCGACUAUGACUGCAACUGGAACGUGGACAUCCUGCAGGAGUUCGCCAGCGACGUGGCGCACGAGAGGUGGUGGAGGGUGCACGACGCCAUGCCCAAAAAGCUGCAGAGCUUCUGCCUCCUGAGGUCGAAGCAGAAGGCGUCGCUCGAGUGGGACCGGCGGCAGGCCGAGAAGGCCAACUACUCCGAUGGCCACUGGAAGAGGAAGAUCAGAGACCCGCGGCUGAAGACCUGCUUCGAGAAGUUCUGCUUCUGGGAGAGCAUGCUGUGGCACUGGGGGGAGACCAACCCUACCGGCGACAAGCCUAAAACGGUAAACCCUCCCCUCUCCGUAGAUUAG